GCCCGCGCACGCGCAAUGGCGGUGCGGGCGGUGAGGGGGAUGGCGGCCAUGGCGGCCAUGGCGGCGGGGGGCGUGCGGCCCGGGGUGAUCCUGGGCACGAUGGAGAUGGGCCGGCGGGCAGGGCCCGAGGCGAGCGCCGAGCUGCUCCGCGCCUUCCUGAGCCGCCGCUACCGCCUUCUCGACACCGCCUUCAUGUACGCGGGUGGGGAGUCCGAGCGCAUCCUGGGCGCGCUGCUGGCGGGAGGCACCGAGCCUGUGGAAGUGGCCACCAAGGCCAACCCUUGGGAUGGGAAGACGCUGAAGCCGGAGAGUGUGCGUUCCCAGCUGGACACGUCCCUGGAGAGGCUGAAGAGGACAAGUGUGGAGCUCUUCUACCUCCACGCUCCCGACCACGGGACUCCCGUGGAGGAGACGCUGCGUGCCUGCAACGAUCUGCACAGAGAAGGAAAGUUUAAAGAACUUGGUCUGUCAAACUAUGCAGCGUGGGAGGUGGCAGAAAUCUGCACCAUCUGCAAGUACAACAACUGGGUGAUGCCAACUGUGUACCAGGGAAUGUACAAUGCGACCACGCGCCAGGUGGAGGCCGAGCUCUUCCCCUGCCUGAGGCACUUUGGGCUGCGGUUCUACGCCUACAACCCCCUGGCAGGAGGGCUCCUGACCGGCAAGUACAAGUACGAGGACAAAGACACGCGCCAGCCUCCUGGGAGAUUUUUUGGGAACGACUGGGCUCAGGCCUACAGGGACAGGUACUGGAAAAAACACAAUUUUGAGGGAAUUGCCCUGGUAGAAAAGGCUCUGAAGGAGGCUUAUGGCUCCAAUCCCCCCAGCCUGGCCUCAGCUGCACUGCGCUGGCUCUACCACCACUCCAAACUGCAGGGUUCUCUUGGAGACGCAGUGAUCAUUGGGAUGUCCAACAUGGACCAGCUAGAGCAGAACCUCAACUCCAGCGAGGAGGGUCCCCUGCUCCCCGCCGUGGUGGAGGCGUUUGAUGCAGCCUGGAACAUGAGUGCCCACGACUGCCCCAACUACUUCCGUUAGGGGUUGGAGCAGGGAUGGAACGCUGGCCACUAGAGCACAGGGCUCUGGAAGCACUGGCAAGGUACUGCCCACCCUGCCCUUUGAUCCACAAGCCAAUGGGUUGAGAUUUCUCCUGAAUUAAUGAAGCUUUGCAGGAUCCACAACUGCUGUUGUGCUGGGCUGUGCCUUAGUCCUUCUUCCCUCCCAGCCCUCCAGGUCCCCACAGCACCAUAAUUAAAGCUGCAGUUAAUCAGGAAAGUGAACACAGCAAUGGGGUGAAAGCCCCCAUUCUGCUUUAAUGUGAAAUCUUAAAUAAUUAUGUACAAGAAUAAAACUUCUUUCUAAC